GAUUACCCCAGCGAACGGUACGCCCGCAUUCACUCGUUCCCUGUCCAUUCUUAAUCGGAGGACCGAUCGCGCCUUAGAGACCUUUGAGGGAAGAGAGUUCAGGCCGCAGGCAUUCUUCGAACAUGUCUCAAGUAGUAGGCAAGACGCGCCUUGCGUACGCUCGCUCAUGGCAUCUCAUUGACAUCGGUGCCGACUCACGAGCCCUCGGGCGCGUCGCCUCCGCAAUCGCAUUGACUCUGAUGGGCAAGCACAAGCCGAUCUUCGACCCCUCAACCGACUGCGGUGACUACGUAGUUGCUGUUGACUGCGCCAACCUGCACACAACCGGCAAGAAGCGCUUCCAAAAGCUGUACCGGACACACACUUCGCGCCCCGGCUCGCUGAAGGAGAUCAACAUGGAUCGCAUGAUGGCUAAGUGGGGAGGGGGCGAGGUUUUGAGGAAGGCGGUCAGCGGUAUGCUGCCAAAGAACAGACUGAGGAAGGAGAGGCUGGCCAGGCUGAAGACGUUCGAGGGCCAGGCGCAUCCUUAUGGGGAGAAUGUGUUGAAGGUUUCGAAUGGUGGAGGACAGAGUAUUGCCGAGCUGCCUGAAGUCAAGAAGGCAUUUGAAGGGAUAAAAGAGGCUGCGCAAGGCCCAGCAUCGUAGCAGGUUGGAAGUGGGAAGGGUUUGUGAGGUUGUGGAAUGGAAGGAGUUGAUCUGUAAGAUCUGUGUAUACCAGAAGCAGCUUCUCAUGGACACGGCGUUCAGUGCUGUUUCAGCAUCUAUUGUAGCAUAUAUCAAGACCAGUUUUUUUGACAAGAA